AUGUCUGGCUUAGGGGAUCGUUAUGCAGUGGAGUUCGCUCGUGAAUCAUGGGCUCUAUAUUCCGUCGGCGUUCUAGGUGCCAUCUUGCGAUGGCAAGUAUCAGUUGGAUCUCCCAAUUAA